AUGACAGUCACAGUGUUUGCCUCGGGCAAACUAUUCUAUGGCGCGACAAUCAUCACAGUCAACCAAAAGCGAGAGAUUAUCCGCAAUGGCUACGUCCUUGUUGAAGGCGACCAAAUCACCGCCGUUGGGAAAUGCCCGUAUACCAAGCCCCUACCACCUUAUACUAGCGAAAUUGAUUGUCGAGGAAAGAUAAUCAUUCCAGGAUUGAUCAACACGCACGCUCAUCUCGUUCAAUCCGUGCUUCGGGGGUUAGCCGAAGAUCUUCCACUACACAACUGGCUCUGCGAUGCGAUUUGGCCUUUAGAAUCCGUUUUCGAGGAUAAAGAUGGAUUCAACGCCGCACGAUUGACCAUGGCCGAGAUGCUCAAGACCGGCACAACCUGUUUCCUUGAUCCCAUGCUGACCUACCGAGCUGGCUUUGAUCAAGUCUGUGCUGCGGCAGGUAUGAUGGGUAUCCGAGGUUGUCUUGGCAAACUAGUCAAAUUCACCGAAACAAAUCGUCAGCUCUCAAUCACCGACCCGCGAGACCGAGAUCUCCUCGCCAUGUCUAUACCCGAGCUUCUAAGCUCACACAAAAAACAUCACAACAGCCACGACGGCAGGAUUCAUGUCUGGGCAGCAGCAGGAACACCCCGAGGCACAUCAAUCUCUCAUUACCGUGAACUCGGCGAAACAUGCUCUCACAAUGGAAUUUCGGCCACAAUGCAUUGUGCAGAGGCACCUCGGGAUCGCAUAAUCUAUAACGAUACUUACGGCUGCAGCGCGAUGGAGUUCCUUCGCGAUGCAAAGCUCUGUCCCCAGCUCACCAAAACCUCGACCGAAGAGAACAUCUUAUCUCAUCGCCUUGUCCUGGCUCAUAUGGUGAAUCUUGAUAACGAGGUAGACAUCCCGUUGCUAGCAGAGACCCAAACAUCUGUGGCGCACAACCCUACUUCGAAUCUGAAGCUUGCGUCUGGCGUUGCUCCUGUCCCUCUCAUGUUGUCUCAUUCUGUCCCUGUCAAUGUCUCUCUCGGGACAGAUGGCGCGCCUUGCAGCAAUCAUUAUGAUAUGUUUCAAGAAAUGCAUUUAGCGGGUAUUCUGCAUAAAGGUGUUAAUCAUGAUGCAACUCUCAUACCUGCCGAAGUGGCGUUGGAAAUGGCUACUAUCAAUGGAGCAAAGGCACUAGGGUUGGAAGAUCAGAUUGGGAGUCUUGAGGUAGGCAAAAAGGGGGAUUUUGUGGUUGUUGAUCCGUAUGGACGCGGUGGACUUGGAGCUGCGCCUUGGAGUGAUGAUUUCUCCAGCCAUGCAGUUAAUCCUGUUACUACGGUUGUUCAUGGAUGUACUGGUCGUGAUGUUGAUAUGACGGUUGUGAACGGGGACAUCCUGGUGAAAGAUGGGCAGUUGGCAGCUGGAGGACGUGAAAAAGAAAUGGAAAUCGUGCACUUGGCCCAGGAGUCUGUCAAGGGUAUCUUGAAGCGGUGCAACAGUGAUCGCGAAGAUGAUGCUAAAGUCGGAGCGAAGCUGAUGCAGCCGUGG